UCUUCAAUCGAAAAGAAUUUAAUUUCGUUAUUUAACAUACCUAGAAUAUAUUUAUUUUAUUCAUCUUAACUUGGAAACAAUGACACCAUUUAUUCCUCCAUUGAUGUCAAAAGAUGUUUGUCAUCGUUGUAGUAAACCAGUCUACCCAACAGAUAAAAUUGGUCCUUUAAAGGAUGGCACUUUUUUUCAUCAGGGAUGUUUUAAAUGUUAUUUGUGUGGAUCGAGACUUGCUCUUAAAACUUAUUGCAACAAUAGAGAGUCAAUAGAUGACAGAGAAGUUUAUUGUCGAAGUCACGUUCCAAUUGCAAAACCUCAUGAUCCAACAUUGCCUCCACCUUUGCCUUCUCCAGCUGAGUAUUUAAAUGGAAAUAAUAAUGGAGUAGAACAACACAACAAUAAUCGUCAAAGACAAUUGGAUGCUGGAUUACAAGAUUUAAAAAUUGCUCAUGCAAUGAAAGUAACACAAGUUAGGAAGCCUUAUCCAAAAAUCCAACAUGGAGGAGCUAAAUAUAUUGUUGAUUAUGAUACUCAAUCUCGUCUAGAAUUACUUCAUCGUCAAAAAGAGGACAAACUUUAUGAAGAAUUUGAAGCUGAACGAGAAAAAGAAUUUCAAAAAGUUGAAAAAGAAUUUAAAGAAGAAUGGGAAAGAAAUUUAAUUGAAAUUUCCAAAAAAUAUGGAAAUGUUAAAAAUUCGGAAUUACUUAAAGAAUUAACAAUUAAAAAGGAUAAAAAACUCGAAACAAUUAAUUUUAAAUUAAAAGAACGCGAAAGAACUAAAACACAUGAAAUGGUUGAUCAACAGGCUAAAGAAAUGUUGGAUCUAUGGCGUCAAGCUCGCUACCAACAACGUGAUUAUGAUGUUGAUGAAGUCUCAAGUAGUUGCAGCAGCACAGGUGUUCCUUCAUCUUACCCAACAACUCCCCCACCUCCAAUGCCCCCAUCUUGCAGUAAAAGACAUAUUUAUACAGAUACUUCUGUUUUUACACAAAUUGAUCAACUUGCUGUAAGUGUUGCAAGUCAAGAAAUGCAAACAUUUACAGAAUUAGUUCGUUCACUUACAGCUGGGGCACGUUCUGACGUGGACAAAGCUAGAGCUAUAUAUCGUUGGAUUACUGUUAAAAAUUUAAAUGUGAUGACUUUUGAUCCAAAUUUGGAUAAAGAUAAUCCUAUGAGCCUUUUGAGAGGUAUUAAAUAUGGAACAGAAAGUUAUCAUGUUUUGUUUAAACGUCUUUGCAGUUAUGCUGGUCUUCAUUGUGAUGUAAUUAAAGGAUUUAGCAAAUCUGCUGGGUAUCAACCAGGCAUUCCUUUUCCAGAUAAUCGUUUUCGAAAUACUUGGAAUGCUGCUUUCUUAGAUGGUUCUUGGCGUUUUGUUCAAUGUAAUUGGGGUGCAAGACAUUUAGUUAAUGCAAAGGAUUUGGGUGUUAAAAAUGGGGAUAGAAGGUCAAUUGAAGAUAAAAAUGAAAUUGAGGGAGAUGCUAAUCUUCGAUAUGAAUAUGAUGAUCAUUACUUUAUGACAGAUCCGGAAGAAAUGAUUUAUGAAUUCUUCCCUGAUGAUGCUCAAUGGCAACUUUUGCCUCGUCCAAUAACAUUAAAACAAUUUGAACAAUUACCUUUCGUCCGAUCUUUAUUUUUCCGUUUUGGCCUUCAUUUUACCGAUCCUCGAUUACAAGCAAUACUUAAAGCUGACAGAUCUGGCGCUGUUGGAAUAUCUUUAUCUAUGGGGCCAGAAUCAACAAAAAAUUUAAUUUUUCAUUAUCUACGUUUCUUUGAUGGAACAGAAAAUUCUGAAACCCUACAAAAUGGCUGUAGUUUAAAACGUUAUGUUAUGCAAUCAAUGAACACAAAAAAUGAUGUUGUACUUUUUCGAGUACAUGUCCCAACAAGUGAACCGUUACUACUUGAUAUUUUUGCAAAUUCAGUUUCGCCAGAACAUUAUUUGACAGGACAGCCAGUUAAAUUCAAAAGUGUUUGUAAAUUUAAGAUUAUUUGCGAACAUCUCUGUCAUGUAAUGGUUCCAUUACCUGAAUGUGCCAGUGGUGAAUGGGGACCGUAUAAAGCUACGCGAUUGUUUGGAUUGAUACCAAUAACUCAUGAAGAUCCAAUAAUUAACUGCGGUCAAUACUGUGACAUUCGCUUCAGAAUGCUCAGACCGUUGAACGAAUUUGUCGCUAAUUUACAUAGAAAUGGAGUGGACAGUAAACGAUUACAACGUUGUGUUCAAUGCAGCGUUUAUGAAAAUGAAAUUUUAAUAAGUUUAGAAUUUCCGGAUGAAGGUCAAUACGGACUUGAAUUAUAUACGAGGUGGGAAUUUAAAAUUAAAAAAAGUAUUCAAAUUUUUUAUUUAAGGGAUUCAAAUCAGAAGACUUUAAAUGGAAAACAACUUUUCACCCAUUGUUGCAAAUAUUUGAUAAAUUCCAGAGUGCAAUGA